AUGUAUUACAAUGCUUCUAAAGGAAGACCAUUAGGCUGCAAGCUAGAUGGAUCAAAACUUCUUAGGAAAACUCAUAAAAGUUGGGAACAGCUGAGGCGUCACGAUCCCGACGUAGAGAUUUCCGACGAAGCCACUGAGCAUCUUUUCGUAAGCAACAGUAGCGUUCUGUGUGGGGUUUCUCUUGAAGAACUGGAGGAUAUUUUUCUUCCCAUCGAUCCCGACGCUUCCUUCACUGUCUAUCCUAAUAAGCGGUCUUACUCCUUUGUCAGCUUCUCGUCAAAAGAACGAGCUUCUGCCGCUCGAGAAAGUUUGAAUGGAGUCGUGCCAUCGCAGCUCAAGGUCUCUCAUCAGCCCUUCUUGAUAUCUUACGUGAAACAAUUGCCCAGAGGAGGGUCUCCUGACGGUCCGCCACUUCCAAAUGAUCUUGUACUAGUGGAUGACUAUGUCACAGCGGAACAGGAGGAAGAGCUUCUGAACAUGGUCCUCAACUCAGGACGUGCAAAGUCCCUGAAACAUCGAGCUGUGGUUCAUUACGGAUACGAGUUCGACUACAGUGCUAAUGCUCCUACUGAUUCAAUUCCUGAUCAAAUUGCAAGACUAAGAUGGCAUAGUAUACUUAACGAAGGCCUUCUUCACUUUCGACCAGACCAGUCAACGUUUAUGAGCCUGGUCAAGGUAUUCCCUCUCACCCCCCAUCACAUAACGCAUUAUGACGGCCGCACCCUCUCCCCGCCACGACCUCCAUCCUUGUGCUCCGAUGUGGUAAUGGAAUUCAAAGAUGGAGCAAAUUCGGCUCGAAUAUGCCCAGUGCUUUUGAAGCGACGAUCACUGUGCUUGAUAAAAGGGGAGUCGAGGUAUCGCUGGAAGCACGGCAUUGUGAAUCGGAAACACGAUAUCAAUCCGGUUACACAUCGAGUGAUGCGUCGUCAACUUCGUGUAUCUAUAACAUUACGGAAGACUCGACACGAACGCUGUCAGUGUCCAUUCAAGGAGUUCUGUGACUGGGACAGGGGAGGAGAAAUGGCGGUUCCAUCCGAUGACACUUCAGCCGAACGUAUAGAACGAUUAUACGUGAAUGGCGUAUACGAAAGUAUAGCGUCCCAUUUUGAUGAGACGAGAUUUUCUAGUUGGGCCGGUGUUAAGAGGUUUUUGAACUCGUUGCCUGACUAUUCACUAGUAUACGAUGUUGGCUGCGGUAACGGGAAAUAUCUGGUUUUGGACGACAGGUUGUGCAAGGUUGGCUGCGACAUGAGCCAGAUGCUGUGCGAGAUUGCUGGAGCAAAGGGGUGUAUGGUUGUUCGCGCUGAUGGUUUGUUUCUCCCUUUUCGUGAAGGAGCAGAUGCAGUUCUGUCUAUUGCUGUUCUACAUCAUAUGGCAGUACUGAAGGUAGGAGGCAGAGCGUGCAUAACGGUCUGGUCAAUGGAUCAGAAUAAUUCUGAGUAUUCGAAGAUGAGGGAGAACAAGGACUCCAUUACUGAUACACAACACCCGGAUAGGCUAUUAAUCCAUGACGGGAAAGAUUUCAUUCAGCAAGAUAUGCUCGUGCCAUGGAGAAUAGACGACACAGGAGAAACUUUUCUUAGGUAUUACCACGUUUUCGCGGAAGGGGAAAUGGAAGAGCUUUUGAGGUCUGUGGAUGGCUGUCGGAUAGACAGCAUUGAGAAAGAACAGGGUAACUACAUCGCUGUGAUAACAAAAGUUAGCUAG